AUGAUAAAAAAGGACUAUACAAACCAUAGCAGAAACCAAGUUGAUGCAAACUUGGAGAACCAAACAUUAGAGGACACAACUAGUAUGUCAUCAUCAUCAGAGGAAAAGGAGCAUGGCUCUUUGCACUAUGAUUCCGAUGAAGAAACCUCCAGUAGUUACGCUUGUUAUGAUUUCAAUGGGUUCAAUAAAAACCGAGUGUUAGAUUAUAGCCAAAACUACAGCACCACCGAGAUAGAGAGUGAAGAUUACAGCACCACCGAGAUAGAAAGUGAAGAUUACAGCCAAAACUACUACAGCACCAACGAGAUAGAAUAUGACGAUUCUGAGGAUGAAAAAUUUGAGACCAAUCUUAAGGUGCCAUUGGAUCCAAUACCAGAAGACUGCGAGACCAGUGUGUUCUCUUUCGAUAUUCAGAAUGAGAAAAAUGUUGUUCAUGUGGCAGUGAACCCCGUUGGAGAUUCAAGCAUGGAAGCACUUUUAUGGGUUCUGAACCAUGCUGUCACACCCUCUACCACUGUCUGUCUCGUACACGUUUAUCCUGAAAUCAGAUACAUCUCAAGUCCACUUGGAAGAAUGCCUAGAAACCAAGUGAAUCCAGAGUAUGUUAAGUUUCACUUGACCACAGAGCAAGCCAAGAAGAAAGAGCUCCUUCGAAGGUUCAUUGACAAGUGUAUUGAUUCAAAGGUUAAUGUGGAGAUGAUGCUUGUUGAGGGUGACAACGUUGCCAAAACCAUCGUGGACGUUGUUUGGAAUCGUUGUAUAAGGAAAUUGGUGAUUGGAAUUACCAACUCUAAAUUAAGCAAAUCUAUAUCUGGAACUGGAAAGGGAAAUGCCAUAGCAGAUAAGGUCCUCAAGAAUGUACCAGAUGUAUGUGAUGUUAAAAUAAUAUGUGACAGGAAGGAAGUGAUUGAUCAGAUGAUUGGUAGCACUUCAUCAAGCCCCAGUGACAGUGUCAGUGGCAGUUCCAAAGUUUUAAAAAAACAAGAUGAAUCCCGUGGUUUUGUUCCUCUUAUGCGUUUUGUAGCCAAUCCUUUUGGGUCAUUUAGACACAGAGUCAACAAGCUCUGA